AUGUCUUCAUUUGUGUUUUAUGGGUAUCAAACCCUUUCGUUUUUACGAUUAGCAAGAACAUUAAAACAUUACGGAUACAUUCAGUUUCAUCCUUGUACCGCUGAUUAUCCUCAGGCAAAUUCUAGAGUGGUCAUAGCUGCUGGCAACAAAGAAUUGAAUUUCAGAAUACUUGUGAAACCGGAUGCUUUUAAAGAAGCAGUGUUCAAAAUCACAAGAAUUAGAUGUUGGAGAAUUACUACCACCGUAGCGGACGACAGCGACAACCCCGAUUCCUCACUUUUAGAACUGUCUUUUGAAUAUUUGAUUGCAAAAGAUACUCUACAGUGGAUCACUGUACAAUCUGAACAAGCAAUAUUGAUGAGUAUGUGUUUACAAGGAAUGGUUGAAGAAUUAAUAAUGAAGAAACAAGGAAGAAAAAUCAAAAAGCCAUCAGAUAGAGUAAGAAGAGGAAAGAAAAACUUUACGAGAGAAAAUAGUAUUCCUUCAGGUCUGGUACAGUCACCGAGUUCUGAGAAAGAUGAUAGGCCCCACCUACCCGUUACACAAAAACAUGUGAACAAAACAGUGUCUAAAUUGCAGGACCUUAAAUUGUUGAAGGGAAAAGGUACACAGAAUGGUGAUUCGGUUACAAAUUCUGCCUUUGAAGAUGCCAUAGGAGAUGAUGACCUCUAGUCAAUGUCAAGGUCGUUAGUGAAGGUCUAGGUUGUUUAAACUUUGAAAAAAAAUUAAUGAAAACAGCUUUGCAGAUGCUUUAUUCAAUUGCAAUUAAGGAGUUGGAACCAGCUUGACAAGUCAAGAUUUUCAGCUCUGUUAUGGAUUCUUCUUACAUGGUUUCACCUUUCUAACAUGUUAUGGAAAAAGUCAUGACAUUAUGCUUAUAAGAGCAACAUAAAUAGAUGGUUAAUGCCUAAUACUUAAAUGCAUAAAACUUGCUGAUUAUUGGUCCACUACCUUAAAAAGUUGUCUCAGUAAAAAGUUUUUGGUGUAAUUCAGUUGUAGAGACAUACUGUGAAAUCAUUUAAUUUUGUGGGCAUAAAAUUUUGUGGUUUUGGUCAAACCAGCAAUUUUGUGGGGAUAUAAAUUUGUGGAUUCAACUUUUUAACAUAACAGCCACGAAAUCCAUGAUAAUUAGUCCCAAACGAAUAUUAAUGAUUUCACAGUACCUUAAUUUGAUAAAGGUUUAUUACAUUUUAAGUCUCCUGAACUGUGUUCAGAGUGAUCCAUUAGUAUAGGUAGCUGGUCCAGUGUCUGUCAUCCAUUGUCUGCCAUCUGUAGUCCACGGAAUGCAUAGAUAUUUUAACAUCUUCUCCUCUCAAACUUAAGGUCAGAAUUAUACCAAACUUGAUCAGUAACAUCCUGGCAAAGUCUUCCCUCGGAUUUAUUCAAACGGUUGAGCUUUCAGGGGCUGCUUAAGCCGGAAAUGGAAAUACCUUUAAAUGAUUUUUAACUUCAUGAUGGAUUUUUAAUGAGACUUGUUCUGUAACAUCUUUAUAAGGUCCUCUCCCAAAUUUGUUGAAAUGGGAGUGUUAAGUUCCUUUAAAUGGCUGCUAGAGCUAAAUAUAGAAAAAAAAAACAUCUUCAUAAACAUCUGAUGGAUGUUCAUCAAACUUGGUCUGUAGCAUCAUUGAAAGGUCCUCUUUUAAGUUUUAUUCAAAUGUUGUCGCCCCUUUUACAGUCGACUAAAGCUAAAAAUUGAAAAGCAUUUAAACAACUCCUCAUGAAGGUAUUGAUGGAUCUUCAUCAAACUUAGCUUAGGUCAGCUGAGCGACUUAAUGCCCAAAAGGCAUUCUUGUUUAUGCGAAAUUUGCACAAGUUCUGCUUUGAGGCUAUUGCAGGACUUUAUGAUUGAAAUUGUUAGUUACUGGAAGAACCUUACUUUAGGAUAUUGAUAUUUCCUCUAGAGAGAUAUGUUACUUUAGGGUGACAAUAUUACUUAGUAGAAAAACAUAUGUAUUUAAUACUUACUCAUUUACGCUGAAUGAAUGAUAUUACUUAUUCAUUUACACCGAAUGAAGGAUGUCUGAUGAUGUGACAGAGUGUAUAUAAAAGUUCACAUGUCAGUAUCAUCGAAAAAAAAAUAUUGAUAGCACCUGUCCCAUUGUAAAUAAAAUAAUAUUAAAAGUGUGUUAUGUUAUUACAUGUAUAACAAUACUAGUAUAUGAACCUAGAUUGUGUAAGGCCAGUAUUGAAAGAGGUUGUUUUCAUGGAUAAAUUAGAUAGAAAUAUAACCAUGAUUAUAAUGUUAUUGUUACUGAUAGAUGUUUUAAUUUUUUGUUUACUUGUUAGAAAUUUUGCUCUUCUGUCAUGUGAGAUUUAUGUUUGCAGAGACCACCAAAUUCACUGAUAUUGUACAACUAACUUUAACUGAAUCUGAAGAAUUGAAUUGGCUUUAUGCGUUUGGUGAAAUACAGGUCCAGAAGUUCUUAAAACGUUGUGUUUUUUUUUUCAUGCAGGUGAAGGUUAAGGAGAAUCUAAACCUAUACACUUUUAGGUACAGACUUUUAAAUCUUUAACCUUUACCCUGCUAAAUUUCUAGAAUGGACUGGUCCAUCAUUCAAUUUGGACAGUACCAUUUAUUAUUUAAAGGGAUGUUCAUUGAAAAUUUACUGACAAAAAAGCGAACAGUGCAGACCAUAAUCAGUCUGCACGGACGUACAGGCUGAUCUUGGUCUGCACUGGUUGCAAAGGCAGAAUCACUUGCUGACAGCAGGCUAAAGAUUAAUUUUGAUCAUAUAUCUUGGUCAUUUUUGUUAUCAGGGGAAAAUUUUACUCUUCCUGACAGGUCAGUGUUGAAAAGAAAUCAGAUUCCUUACAUAGCAUUAAAGCAGUGUGUGAACUUAAUAAAAUAAAAGAAAAUUUGUGUAAUGUUCUGAAACCUAUACAUUUGCACAAAUAUGUGUUUCUUAAAGAUACACUACUUUGGUCAUAAUUAAAGAUACAUUGUUUUUUGCCAUCAUUUAUAAAAAGAUAAUUUCAAGCACUCACUAAUAGAUCACGAAUGAUAACUCUGUAUGACUUGAUUUUUAUUCCUGAAAGUCAUGAAAACUGCUAUUACAGAAUAUGCAUACAUUUAUAUAGUACUCCUACAAUAUUAGCAUGCUAUUUUCAUACUUAUUCUGUUUGCUUUUGUGUUCUGAUUCAUGACUUCUCAAGAUAUGAGCCGCGCCAUGAGAAAACCAACAUAGUGGCUUUGCCACCAGCAUGGAUCCAGACCAGCCUGCGCAUCCGCGCAGUCUGGUCAGGAUCCAUGCUGUUUGCUAACAGGUUCUCUAAUUGCGAUAGGCUUUGAAAGCGAACAGCAUGGAUCCUGACCAGACUGCGCGGAUGUGCAGGCUGGUCUGGAUCCAUGCUGGUCGCAAAGCCACUAUGUUGAUUUUCUCAUGGCGCAGCUCAUAUAUUAUAUCUUUAUAUUAAGGCAUUAUCACUUGAUUAAACAAUACUCUCUCUCUAUAUAUAUAAGGCAGUUUUGUAAGCUUCACUUUGCAUUGUAAAAAUCAUCGAACAUUCCACAUUUACUUACAGAUUUAUGGUCUGUCAUGAUGAAAGUCUGGGUGCGAGCACAUUUCAAAAUAUGCGUGUAUGUAUAAAAGUAUGUGUGUACGCAUAAAUAUAUGUAUGCACAUACACUUCAUACAUGUAAGCGUAAACAUGUAGGUGCAUGCAUGUAUGGAUGUUCACUUACAUAUACAUGUGAGCUAUGCAAUGUCCACGAGUAAUUUUACAAGUACAGUCGUAAUUACAAGUUCUCAUAUAUAACUGUGCACGUCCAUGUCCAUAUAUGCGUUCACCUAAAUAUUUACGCAUACAUGUGUAAAAAUGUAUAUAUAUGCACGUGUAUAUUUACGCGUGAACACUUGCUUUUAUUUGUACACAUAUUUUGAAAUGUGCAUGCACGCACAGUAGACUUUCGGCCUAAAUGAUAUACCAUAUAGAUUUGUUUGAAUAUUCAUUACCCGUCGUUUCUUUGAAUGAGAUUGAUGUUUUGUUCAAAUCUAAUGCUUGUUUCACUUAAUUUGUUUGUUUUUUUCACAAGCUUUUAAACAAAACUAUUCCUUGUAAGACCUCUUGUCAACUAUUAAAUUUUUGAUGAUAAUUUUUCAUGUAGGAUUUAUUAGCAUUUAAGUACCACGAGGUGGCUGGGACAAAUCUCCACCUAUAUUGGCGCAGUUUUGUAAAAUUUAUGGCCCUUUGUGAUCAUUUAGUCCAUUCAGUGUACCUGUAAAAAACAAGGUACGGCUUCAACCAUUUGCUAGGGUGCAGGAGGGGUGUUGCACAUUUACUAACCGCUCUUGAACAGACUCUGCUGUUAUUUUGAUUAGUUGCAUCUUUUGCUUCCAAAGCACUUAACCCUUACCUUGCUAAAUUUCUAUAAUGAACUUGUCCAUCUUUCAGUUUGAACAGAACCAUUAACAGUUAGAAGGGGUGCUUACCAAAAAUAUACUUACUGAAUGGCGAACAGUGCAGAUCUUGAUCAUGAUCUACACUGGUCGCAAAGGCAAAGUCAGUCGUGGUCAGCAUGAUAUGGGUCAAAUAUAUAUUUUAUUAGCUUUGAAGUUUAGCUUUUCAUUUUGUAAUCUGAGCAUGUUCAUUCUAUUAGGACAGUUGUGUUCAUUGGCAGGAUAGCUCCUAUUGAAUGCAUUUAAACUUUAUCAAAAUAAUUAUUGUGUGUUUAAUCCUAUAAGUUUUGCCCUCAUCCCGUUUUUAUGCCCCCGGCAUCUACUGAUGUGGGAGGCAUAUAGUGAUUGCCCUGUCCAUCCGUCCGUUCGUUCGUCCGUCCGUACGAGGUUAACCAAAUGGGACCGUUCCGUCUAGCAUCAAUACCCCUGACUAGAAUGACUUGAUACUAAUGCAGAUGUAACCUGUGACCAUUCCUCAUCUUCAAACAUCACCUUACCUCAGUUUGACCUUGACCUUGACCUCGUUUUGGACUUGGGUUGCUCUGUAUGGGCCAUUUCUUGGUUAACCAAAUGGGACCUUUUCGUCGCAUCAAUACUGCUUACAAGAAUGAAUUGAUACUAAUACAGAUGUAAUCUGUGACCAUUCCUCAUCUUCAAACAUCACCUGACCUCAGUUUGACGUUGACCUUGACCUCAUUUUGGAAAAUCUAUCGACAAGGAUGCCACCGGGGGCAUCAAGCGUUUAUUGAACGCAGCUCUUUGUUUGUUGUUGUUGUUGUUGUUUUUUUCACUACACUCACAUGAAGGAGCAUGUAGGGACACAUAUUUACUUAUGCGAAAAGUGAAAAAGCUCUUGCUAACAUUUGGUUGUCUUGAUUUUUUCCUAACCCCCCUGUCCGUAUAAAGGGGAGAUCACUAGGUGCAAUAAUUUCAAUGUGUCUGUUUCUAAAGUAAGUGUUAUGUUUAGUUUGUGAUACUAACCAGCAUUAACCUCGACUCGACUGAAAAAAAAUGUUACAUCGAAAUUGAUCUUCAUAUGCUACUCAGUAAAUAUGAUAUUUUUCAGGUGUUAACAUGUGUUGUUUUUGUUACCAGCAAGCAGGUAUAGGGCAAAUCAACAAAAAGUGAUUUAAAAUAUAGUUCUAACUAAACUAUUUUGAUACUGAGACACUGCAUCGUUAGAAAAUUUAUUAUGUAGUUUUGACUGGCGCGUUGAAUUGAAGUUCAAUUUACAAAACAUGUUUAUUUCAUAACACGUUUCAUUCCUUAACUUAAAAUAUAUUAUUAUAUUCUGCAUUCCACACUCUCAUCUCCAUGCCUGCGUGCAAAAUAUUUUUUGUGAUUUUGUGUUAAUGGUUGUACAAAGUGAUUUGUAAAUACGUUAUUUUUUCUCUGUGCAAAAUGAAUAUAAUCAAAAUGGUAAAACAAAGUUUGUCAACUCUUAAGCUCACAAUAAAAGCAGGACUGUGUCUUCAGCGCUUUGUACCAUUCAGCGUGUAUAUAUAGAAAACUGGUCAUGUUGUCUGAAGUCCUUUGAAAAAAAAUAUUUUUGGGAUACCAGAGCCCGAAUUUAUCAACUUUUAUAAGUCUAAAAUUUAGAUUUUAAAAUGCUAGAUCUCUUCUCUUGCUCUGUCAUUGUUAAAAUAGUACAUACUCUAAUCAAACUUUGCAUGAAUGAGCCUUUUACAUACUGCUCAGCAAAGUUUUAGCAUUAAAAGUUUAGUGUAAACAAAGUUAUGGAUGGCACAUUUGAUAUUUGUUUCAAGUGUAAAUUUUAGACUUUUGAUACUGAGGAGUAUGGACAGAUCUAACUAUUGAUAGUCUUAAUAUCAUAAUAUACAUGUGACAGUUGUUGCAUUUAAGGUAGUGUAUCCGUAAUGGCAAUGAGCAAUUUCUGUGCAUUCUGUUAUUUUAGCAUUCUUGGGCCGUGUCAUAUGAUAACAACCGGAGAAUUCCGAAAUCAUGUACGGAGAAAACGGAAUUGAACAGAAAUUACCGAUUGUCAUUUCGGAUCGAUUACUUUAAGUAAAUACAUUAGAAUUUAGACUUGUUCGUGCAAGUGUUAGAACAUACAUAACCUAGAAAUGUAUAAAUUAUGAUUUUAUUUCAAUAUUUUUCUUCUGAGAUAAAUGCAUACAUGCCUUUGACAUUUUCACGCUGUGUUUACGCUUUAAAGCGCAUGUACGUGUUUUAAAAGUAGAUGUCUAGCCUAGAGAUUCAUUUGAUGUUCAUGGAAUUGUACGCAUUCAGGGAUGAGAUGAGCCGACAUUUACAGAAGAAGAAUUAACGUUGUUUUACUUGUUAACAAUUUGACGUUGAUGCAUAUAAAGUUUAUAUACAUAUACUGCACGUUUUACUGUAUUGUUAGACUUAAACAGUAUUCAAAAAAGAUAUAAUUUUAUAACUUUAAUGUUGGUGCAUUACACAGUCGCUUUUAAACAUAUUUUUUGAUACAUUCAUUCUUGCAGGACUCUAUUUCAAGCUUCACUUUUAAUUUUGUGAUAUUUCCCAACGUUGAAUAUCUCAGUAUGUACAUUUUUGAUCCUAAUAUGUGUAAAUUUUGUAUUUUGAGAUAAUCCUGGCUUUUGACAUAUUAAGUUAGGCACACUAUGGUCAAUCUUCUGUCCCAGAAAGGAAGAUGGGAUUUCGUUACUUUAACACAUUUACCUUUAUUUGACAAAGAUUCUGCAUGAAAAACAGCCAUAAUAUAUUUAACUGUAUUUAUUUCUUACUACAAAAUCCUUUAAGCAAUACUACUGUAAAAUCAAAUAUUUUCGCUGGGUCAAAAUUUCACAAAUUUGAAAUUUUCAGUAUGUUCGAGAGGUUUAAUAUUCGCGAAUUUUGAAUUAUGUUGAUGAAUAUUUACGCAAUAAUUCAUUUUCGCGAAAGAUGUAGGGCCUGGCGAAUAUAGCGAAAAUUAAACCCUCGUGAAAAUUUCUGGUUUUACAGUAUUCCACUGCUGAGUAAACGAAAAUCAUAAUUAUGUAUGUAACCUGUUCAUUGUCCAAAAUAUUCUAAGUGUUGUAAAGUACAGAAUAAAUAACAGAUGUUAUUCAGGUGAUUACUAUGCUUUCAUACAGGUCGAGUUGACCAGUUGCAUUAAGGUGAAUGUAUGUGCCAAAUGUUGCUGUAAAUCAAAUAUAUAAAAAUAAAUAUAGCAUCUAUUUUA